AUGAAUUUCAAUAUUUUAACUCUCUUCAUGUUAAUUAAUUAUUUAAGUGCAAAUUUUAUUUACAAAGAUUCGUCCAAAAACCAUUUUUCAACUGCAAUUAAUGGAGUAGUGGAAAAUUAUUUUAACAAACAUAACGAGAGGUUUGAUAUUAUAAGUGCCGCAGAAAAUGAAUUUCAUUUUGAUGAAAUUGUGAACGGAAUUAUGAAAACAACAAAUCAAACAGUUCGAAUAACUGAACUGCUACCAGAUGAAGGGCCAGAAAUAGUCAUAAAUGAAUCAACAAUUUUUCUUUUUGAAAACGAUGACGUUUUUAUUAGUUAUCUGCAAAUUAUAAGAUUUUCAACAAGUAAAAGAAACAUUCACAUUCUUUUUUACGUACCAAAUCUGACAACCACAACUUUUAAUCUAAUUAACAAAAAGUUUGUGGUUCCUGGCUUAAAGCAGAAAUCAUUUCUUAUCAAUGAAAAAGGAAAACUUGUAUUGAAAUCUAUUAGCAGAUUCUCUCAACCAAACUGCAGAACUCAGAAACUAAAAGCUAUCAAUUAUUUCUCGGAAACGAACCUGAAAUGGUCAUCGUCACGAUUUUUCUUGGAUAAAAUCGACAACUUUCAAGGAUGUGAAAUUAUAUUUGGAGGAAUCGUUUCGUUCCCCGCUGCUUAUGAGGAAUUACAAAAGAAUAACAUAAUCAAAAUUACAGGAUAUCAUGUUGAUUUAAUUAACAUUAUUGCACCAUAUGCUAAUUACAAAGUUAAUAUCAGUUUCUUCAAGAAGGUUUCUUCAGGAAGAAAAAAAAAUAUAAGUCCUGAUGUUUUUAUUUCAUCCCUUCUGUUACAUGGUACAAGAAACAGAGAACAUAAUUUUAAUACGCCCACACAAGCAAUUCAUUACGAAUUGAUUCGAAUUAUUGUGCCACCAAGAGAAUCAUACACAUCAUUUGAGAAAUUGUUAUUGGCAUUCGAUAAACCAGUGUGGAAUUUAAUAAUAAUAACAUUUGCUUUGGCCUUCAUGGCAAUCAUCAUAUUGCGAUUUUGUCCUCGAUUUAUCAGAGAGUUUGUCAUUGGAAGAAAUGUCAAAGAACCAGCUUUGAAUGUUCUUAUAGCAUUUUUUGGAGUUGGACAAACGAUUUUGCCACGACGAAAUUUUGCAAGAUUUCUUCUGAUAAUGUUCAUUCUAUACAGUUUGAUCAUUCGAACAGCUUACCAAGGAAAAAGCUUCGAAUUUCUCCAGAAAGAUAUGAAAAGAAAAGGAGUUCAAACUGUCAAGGAUUUAUUUGAUAAGAAUUAUACGAUUUACACUAAUAAAUUUCUACAAACCGAAUGGAAAACUGCUGACAUAAUAAAACAGUAA